AUGGAGUUGCUGCAGAAGGUGAAUAAAACAAGACAGGAAUCCGAUGAUGCCAAUACCAAAUACAAGGCAUGUCAAUUCCAGAGAGACCUCUCAGAUGUCCAAUGCAAGAAGCUCCAAGCACGCCAAACCACCACCUUCAAGCGAUACGAAAGGCUAGAGGAGGAACUCGAAGAUUAUGAAGCAGAAAAUGGGAUUGAAAGAUGGUCAAUUGAUGGCGCCAAGUUCAUCGAUGGUUUACAAGGCCUCAAGGAACAGGCAUAUCACCGUGCUCUCGGACAUCUUCAAAAUCUGGUCGUUCAGCGCUUGCUUGAGCUUACAAAAAUGAAUAUGAGUGGCAUCUGUCAGCCAUACCUCCUCUUCACGUCAUCGGCUACGCUAAUCAUAUCAUUGAAAGGCUACAAGCAGAGGGACCAAAUCGGGAAGGCAUUGUGA